CUCUUUUAAUUUGGGAGAAAGCAAAGUCCGCGACUUCCAAGUUACACCUCCUUCAAGUUGUACGUGUGUCACCGCCAUUGUGCAGAACCCUUGGAAAUGAAGAAUGAGCCUCUCGCCGUUGCGAUGAUAUCUGAUUUCUUCCACCCGAACGUGGGAGGAGUGGAAAACCACAUAUUCAUGCUCAGUGCAAACCUCAUCCGUCGUGGUCACAAGGUGAUCGUAAUCACCCACAGUCAUCCUCCAGACAGAGUGGGCGUUCGCUGGCUUCUACCAGGCUUGAAGGUAUACUACAUACCAUUUCCUACCAUCGCCUCUUCCGCCACUCUUCCAAAUUAUUUUACGUUUUUGCCUUAUUUCCGCGUGAUCAUUGCACGCGAGCAUAUUCACCUGAUUCAUGCGCACGCGAGUUUAUCGUCUCUGGGCCAGGAAGCCAUUCUACACGCGCACCAUCUCGGCGUCCGCACGGUGUUCACCGAUCACAGUCUUUUUGGGUUUGAAGAUGCUGCGAGUAUAUUAACCAACAAACUCCUUGCGGCUGCUCUCAAAAAUGUGGACGCUGUGAUUUGUGUCUCGCAUACUGGGAGGGAAAAUACCGUCCUUCGAGGACAGUUGUUUGAGAAGUCUGAAGACUCUUCCGCGCUUGUCGUACGGCCAAAUGUUUAUGUGAUUCCAAACGCUUUGGUUGCGGAGCAGUUUACACCAGCUACCGAGGCGGUUUCGUCAGAAACGAUUUACAUCGUGGUUUUGUCUCGUCUGGCGUAUCGUAAGGGCAUUGACUUGCUGGUCGCUACUGCGCCCCGAAUAUGCGCCGCCUUUCCUAACGUCAAUUUCAUAGUAGGGGGAGACGGACCCAAGCUGAACGAUCUAUUGCAAGUACGAGAACGGCAUCUCCUGCAGGAUCGCAUAGAGCUCCUUGGCCCGGUUCGACAUCGCGACGUGCGAGACGUUCUCGUACGAGGAUCUAUAUUUCUGAACACAUCGCUGACAGAAUCGUUUGGGAUCGCCAUUUUGGAAGCUGCAUGCGCGGGGCUUUAUGUGGUCUCGACACGAGUAGGCGGAGUGCCGGAAAUUCUCCCUCAUGACAUGAUAUCAUUUGCGAAGCCAGAGGAGGAUGAUUUGUUCCGCGCGCUGUCUGAGGCGGUAGCAAUCGUUUCGAAAGGCCAGCAUGACCCUAUAGAAGCUCAUCAGAGGGUAAAAAACUUCUACAACUGGGCAGACGUCGCAGAACGAACCGAGAUUGUGUAUGACGCUGUCGUCAAGUCCGAGGAGAAGGACCUCUGGACUCGAAUGAAAAGAACUAUGGAGCUGGGACCGUUUGCAGGACCGAUCUACACAAUCAUCCUUGUGGUGGAUUGCCUGUGUUCUUCCUGUUUCUUGAAUGGUUGAUGCCGCGACACGAUUUGGACUUUGUUCAAAUGCACUGGGAGCACGACAAAUUUGUACAGGUACGUAAAAGCUUCAUAUUGACCAACUAGCACGCAUCUCAUAUCUAGAGGAUAGCUUGCAAAAGACACAGAACCAAAAG